GCAUGAGUCGCGCCUGGCAGGCUCUCCGCGCUCUGCGGGUGCGGCUCGUGGGGCCUGCCAAGGAGCUGGUGGGCACCGACCAGUUUGGUAACAAGUACUACCGGGUGCCCAAGCACGAGAGCCGCGCAGGGCAGAUUAUACCAGAAAGAAGAUUUGUAGAAGCAGUAAAUCGUGAAGCGUAUCAGUAUCAAAUUGGUGACUUUCCACCAGAAUGGGAAGCAUGGAUAAGAAAAAAGAGAGAAGAUCCACCCACCAUUGAGGAGAUUCUUAGGAAUGAAAAUUAUAGAGAAGAAAUGAAACAGAAAGUCAAGGAUGUGUCUGAAAAGGAUAAGCUGCUUCAGGCCAAGGAGUAUGAGCAAGGACUUAUUGCUGAACCAAGUCAUACUCAGGUUAAAGGCCACGCAUCCGCCCCUUACUAUGGAAAGAAGGAGCCCUCACAGGACCCCACAAGCACUGCAAAUACCUUCCAGCCAGGUGCCUGGAUGCCACCAGGCAGUGAUAAUAGUAAAAAUAAAUAAGCAGUUUAAUGGACAGGUACUGUUAAUGGAUAAAUAUUUUAACAGACACAGCUGUUAUAUACAAGAGUGCAAUAAAGUAGUAUUAAAGCA